CUUAGCAAAUGUCCCUCAUACCAUUUUGUAAUAUAAUUCAAUUUCCGCGUCUACCAUUUAUUCUUACUUUAAAAGUUAUUGGUCUCAAGAACUGUUGUUUUUAAAAUAGUGCAUAGGAAAAUCAUUGCAUUGUGAUGAUUUGGUAUUAAGUGAGACGCAUCAAAUGCAAGUGCAACAUCUUUUCAAUGGAAUUUCGCAGCAGCCUGCCGAAGACGCGUUAGACCAGAAACACAGCUUAAUGUCCUCUAAGGUGAUGGAAACCCGUUACUACGAAGGGUGCGGACGUGAAGGCCCGAUUCGGUGCAUAUUUUUAGGGGAAUUUCACCCCAUCGCUGGACCUAAAAUCUCAUGUCAGUUUCCUGAAGAUUACAUAUCCAAGGAAGUAUUUGACUCAAUCAGCGCAUAUAUCAUUCCCAAACCACAAAUACAGAAAUGCACUAUGACAAUAAAUGCCCUUGGUCACAAAAUAGUUGGCUACCCAAUCAGAAUAGAUAACUCUCGUUAUGAGCGCAAUGUUUACCUGUUCAACUUGUGCUUUGUAUGUGAUAGUUGGUCAAAGACUGUACAGUAUGAGCCCGUUGUUAAGAAGCUAGGAGAACACUUGACUAUAAUGGAGGAAGAGACAAGAUUUGUGUCAAGUGGUUGCACUAAGCUACCUACUUUGCUGGCUCACCUUCUACAUGACCUCAACACGCACCGUAAAGCUACAUUAGUAGAGGGUGAUACAGUGAUGCACCUGAAAGUGCUUGAGGUACGUAAAGAUCCAAGCCCAGUCAACGAUCACGACGUGCCGGUGCUGGUGGCGUCUGUGGGGCUGCCGCGCCCCGGACGCCCGCAGAGGACCACGCCACCGGAGGGCGCCGAAGUACCUCACCGCGAGCACCUCGAUCUCGACCUGGACGACGAGGAGCCCUUUGAAGUGGACUUGGACGCUGACUGGGAUCUCACUACCAGACAACUAUUACCAUACAUCAACGGGUACAACCACGUAUCAAAAAUAGCCGCUGACACGAAUGUAGAGAAAACUCUGGUCAAGUCCUGUAUUCAGAAUUUACUCUACUAUGGUGUGGUGACUCUGAUACCGGUGCUGAAGUUCAGCAACAUGUAUAGGGCGACGCCCAGCCUCAGCCGACUAUUUAGCGAUCAUGAGUUACAGAAGUCCUGUCUCGCAUUCAUCACUAUGGGCUAUGAAAAUAAAGAGAAGCCCAAGUUGUCAGACGUGUUGGGGAUACUGUGCGCGCUGCAGCAGGGAACUACCCUGCGGGCAGUCAGCGAGCGGUUCUGCAACACUGUACCUGCAACCUUGGAUAUACGACGCCUAGUGGUGUUUGCACAGAUGCAUGGCCUUAUUAAAUGUCUUAAACGAUAUCCAGUAUACAUCCGCAGCCCACCGCGGCCUAACGGGUUCACGAACCGAGCGGACCCCAUGACCGGCAUCCGGCGAUUGUUCACCGGGCGGCACUGCGCCGACGAGAUCUGCUGUCUCGCGCGCAUCGAGCUGGCCGCCCUCGAUCAGAUCAUAGAGGAAGAUCCCAAUGUGGCCAUCAUAUGGAGCUAGCUGCGGUUCGUCAGUAGCAAAUAGCGAACAUUGCACUGGCGACUGCUGGAUGGCGACUUGUCUUCUUACAAGGAGACAACCAUGGAACCUGGAGGAACGGUGCACUUUCCUCGUCGUCAACAACAAUUGUAGCGACCAUCUCCACAAAUUUGACAACCUGCUUGUACCAUGCAAGAGCUAAUGAAGAACUGUGUCAACCUCUAGAAAUACGACUAUUUAUACUAGAAAUAUUACAUGACACACACAAUGCAGUAAAUUCUAUGGAAUCUUUGACAAAGUAAAUAUUUUUUUUCAAAACACUGUUCUAAAAGUUAUGCCAAUCUUCGAAAACCAACAGUAUCUCUGCACCGGUGGUACCGUUGGGGAGUGCCAAGGAGAGGAAAGUUUGAGGAGUCCCCACAAAUAUCACAGUAAUGGAACCAUGGAAUCUAUGCCAUCCAAAAUAUAUAUAUAUGCACAUACGCCGCAUACUGGUUUGUUACUUAUUAUUAUAUGCUAGUUUGAAGCGGUUCUCUGGUAUAACAUUUAGAUAUUAU